UAGAACCAAGAAACAAGAACUGGGAAUGUAAAAUUAACAACAUACCAACCCCUCACUGGUCUUUAAAAUCUAGGGUUUCUCUAAAUUCUUCCCUCUAAAAAACAAAUUUCUAAACCCCUCUGAUAUCUCUAUCAAUAGCAAUGGAUCUUUUACAGAACUAUACCAAGAGUGAUGAUGAAGAUGAAGAGGAAAAGCAGGUUAAUGAAGAAGAAAACCCUCCUUCACCAGAUUCAUCUCCACCAAGAAUUUCUCUUCCAUCAAAAUCUUCAGCUCCUACCGUGGAUGAUACAAUGCUUGCUUUAACAGUAGCAGGUAAAAAUCGAAUUCUUAAUAAACCUAUUGAUCCAGUUCAACAUGUAGUAGCUUACAAUCCAACUUAUGAUCAACUAUGGGCACCGAUCUGUGGUCCUGCUCAUCCUUAUGCAAAGGAUGGUCUAGCUCAAGGUAUGAGAAAUCAUAAAUUAGGUUUUGUUGAGAACGCAGCAAUUGAUACAUUUGUUUUCGAUGAACAAUAUAAUACGUUUCAUAAGUAUGGUUAUGCUGCUGAUCCUUCGGGUUCAUCCGGAACCAAUUAUGUUGGUGAUUUAGAUGCGUUACAGAAAAACGAUGGAAUUUCUGUUUAUAAUAUUCCUCAAUCUAAACAGCGAAAGAGAAAACUCGAGAAAAAGAUUGAGCGGCAAGAGGAUGAGGCUAAUGAUGUUGAUUUGGAUGAUGUUAAUAAUCCUUCAUCCGAAAACUGGUUAAAGAAGAAUAGACAGAGUCCCUGGGCUGGGAAGAAACAAGGGGUGGAAGUUGAACUUACAGAGGAGCAAAAGAAGUAUGCUGAAGAGUAUGCGGCGAAAAAGGCUGAGAAGGAGAAGGGAAGUGAUAAUAAAGGGGAAGUUGUGGCUGAGAAGAGUACAUUUCAUGGGAAAGAAGAGAAAGAUUAUCAGGGUAGGUCAUGGAUUGCACCACCAAAAGAUGCAAAAGCGAAAAAUGAUCAAUGUUACAUGCCAAAAAGAUGGAUUCAUACUUGGAGUGGUCAUACAAAGGGUGUUGCUGCUAUUCGGUUCUUUCCGAAACAAGGACAUCUGCUACUUUCAGCUGGAAUGGAUUCAAAGGUUAAGAUUUGGGAUGUUCACAAUUCUGGUAAGUGUAUGAGAACAUAUAUGGGGCAUGGAAAGGCGGUUCGUGAUAUAUCGUUUUCUAAUGAUGGGACUAAGUUUUUGAGUGCUGGGUAUGAUAAGAAUAUUAAGUAUUGGGAUACAGAAACUGGGCAGGUGAUAUCCACUUUUUCAACUGGGAAGGUACCAUAUGUGGUUAAACAAAAUCCUGACGAUGAUAAACAGAAUAUUUUACUAGCUGGAAUGAGCGAUAAGAAGAUAGUUCAAUGGGAUAUGAAUUCUGGGCAGAUCACACAAGAGUAUGAUCAGCAUUUGGGGGCAGUGAAUACUAUCACAUUUGUUGAUGAUAACCGGAGAUUUGUUACGUCAAGUGAUGAUAAAUCUCUUCGAGUGUGGGAAUUUGGAAUCCCAGUUGUUAUUAAGUACAUUAGUGAACCUCAUAUGCACUCAAUGCCAGCAAUUUCCUUGCACCCAAAUUCGAAUUGGCUUGCAGCACAGAGCUUGGACAACCAGAUUCUUAUUUACAGUACAAGGGAGAGGUUUCAGCUUAAUAAGAAGAAGAGAUUUGCAGGGCACAUUGUGGCUGGGUAUGCUUGCCAAGUUAAUUUCUCACCGGACGGGCAGUAUGUUAUGUCUGGAGACGGUGAGGGCAAGUGUUGGUUUUGGAAUUGGAAGACUUGCAAAGUUUCACGAACUCUGAAGUGUCAUGAAGGUGUCUGUAUUGGAGUUGAGUGGCACCCAUUGGAACAAAGUAAAGUGGCUACUUGUGGCUGGGACGGCAUGAUCAAAUACUGGGACUAGUCUGUUCAACCGUUUGCUCUCAGCCUCAGAUAGCGGUAGAUUGACUGCAACACCUGACAGAGCAUGCAAGAGAGACAAACUGUAUGCAGAGCUGGAGCCACGGAAGUGUUGUCUGACUGCUCCCAACUACUGCAUCCCGUUCCUCAGGCCGCCACCGCGGUUUAUUUCUAUUUCAUCAUGAAUAUACGCUUGUAUUUUAGCUGCCUGUGUUCCGUGGCUCCUUGAAUCUUUAGGUCAUCUUAUAAAACAAAGACAUGGUUCUUGUUCUGCUUAAUUUUGUACUAAGCUUGUUGUACCAUCAUUAUCUUAUCAGCUCACCUAUGAUAGUUAAAAAGUCAUCGUGGAAUACAUCAUGUUUUUGAACUGUUUACUGGA